AUGGGGUCAAAGGGUGGCUCUCUCUCUCCCUCCUUCGCAGCGCAUGCCAGCACCAGCACCAGCAACAGCACCGGCACGAGCACCAGCACCCCUUUCAGUCGAUCAUCUCAACAAAACGCAGCUACGACCACUGCGCCGACAUUGAAGUGAGCGUUGUACCACGGUGCACUCCUGCGAAGAACAGCAUGGCCCCACUCCCAACGUCAAGCAUCGGAUGGCCGGUGCAUUACGACUGGCAGAGAUGAGCACUCGUUCUAAUACAGGAUCACGCUUGGCUUCCUCCGACGAGGCUGCGCUUCCAAAUCUCUUCCCGUACAUUCCAACGUACAAUCCGAGCGCAUACACUCGUCAUCUGUCGCAAGCAGACGCCUCGUCCAGCCAUGACGACGCGUCCACAGCAGCCUCGGAUGACAUCGCAUCUCGCUGCGCACCGACUCGCAUCCUGCUCGCUCAAAAGGCUCUUCAAAGGGACGAAGGUGGUAAGAAGAGAGCAAGAGAUGUCUGGGAGGAUGCAGCUUUGGAUGGCAUCGAGGAGUUCAGAGAUGUGAAUGGCAAGUUGAGGAGGAGGCGAAAGGAUGCCGCUGUGAGCAAGUUCGAGCGUGCUAGUGUGGCUGGCGAAGGAGAUGAAGAAGCGCUCGCAAAUACGACGCUUGCACCUUCGGUUGCAUCGAUCCGCGCCACCACCUCGGACACAUGCAGAGAUCAGCUGUGCAGCACCUCUGGCCAGCUAUCCACGUCUACAAGCGCUAUUCCGAGCGCAUUUCGCUUCGCAAAGCACUCAGAAGAGCUCAGCGUCUACGUUUCGCGCGAGCCUCGACCAGAGAUGAAUCUGCUUCGUCAUGCCGUGCAAACAAGCCUAUUGCACACUCGUCCUUCGCGUGUUCUGAUGGAGCGCACGCAAGCCGACACAGCCUCAUCACACGAGUCUUACUCGACCAUAUUGACAUUUGACAUCUACUCCCUUCCCCAUUUGCGUCGUACUGGUCAUACGCCCACUCUCGAUCAGCCAGCUGCACCAGAAGACGGUGAGGAUGCGCCCUUCGGUCCUGACAGUGCUAGGCGACGAAUGCCGCUCUUUCUCUCUUCUCAGCACACUUAUAAAUCUCAAACCAUGGAAGUCCGCGCUUCCCAGACGCUUGGAUGUCUUUUCGAUGGCAUAGUUUGCAGGACAAGGGAUGUACCGGACAUGGCGACUCGAGUCACUGUCCAAGAGGGCAGCUCGACCUCUUGCGGCGCUCCUGGGACUGGAGCGAUUGGAUCGACCGACUCGAGAUCGAUUGGGAAUAUGCAGGCACGGAGCACGGGCAACAAGAUGACAUCGUCGAUGGCUUGCAUGGUUGGAAACACGAUCUUUGGUCUUGCUGGCGAAUCUUUCGAUGAGAGCUAUGCACAGUGAGUGGUCGCUGCCGUCUCAGACGUGCUCGCUGCGCCCCUCGAAGCUCAUGCUGAUCACAAAAGCUGCAUCUUCUUCCCCAUGCCCAUCUGCUCGCAGGGCUCUUUGCAAGCGGCUC